AUGGAGCAAACUCAUUCCGUGCUGCUUCUCCUUAAUUUCCUUAACUAUGCAAUGAUAAUCCUCCCUGCAAUUAGUCUCAUAGUUGUUUAUAGCUUUAUUUUUUCCCAUUGGUCCUCAAGAACUGUAACAAUUCCAUUCUUUUCCGACUUAGAUCCAGCAAGCCCAGAAUCACGCUUUAGUACAGCAAUAAUGUCAAUCGAACUUAUCAUUAUUACUAUUAUUUUAUAUUGUCGUCAUAGUGUUAUGGAAAUAUUGUUCAAAACAGAAAAACGAUUCGAAAAGCGUUUUAAGUUGGUAUAUUUAGCAAUGAGAAUUAUCAAUUACUUCCAACUUUCUGGAAAUUUAAUGGUGAUUGUAUUUAAUUACGGAUUAAACCCAAUUGCGCAUAACAUUGGAAUGCUUUUCAUGUAUUUAGGCUAUGCAAUUUACUUAUUCAUAUACGAUAUUGCUGUCAAAGCUCUUGGAAAACCUUCAAGAGAUUUUUCAAAGAUUGUUUCAGCAGUAUUAAUGGUUAUUACGCCACCAUUUAUUUUCAUUCGAUUUGUUUACCCAGCAUAUGCUGAUAUGAUAAUUUAUUCAAUAUCUUCAGUUUUAGGUCUGAUAACAUAUGUUUGUCUCUAUCUCAAACUGUUUGUAUGUAAGUUUGAUUUACCAGAAUUCGGAAUCCGUGUUACAAAAAAGAUUCCUUUCAAUAAUUAA